GUCUGCCAUACCUGAGCCAUGACGCCGUGAGAUGAUCUCACCGGGCACCCACGGGCUGGAAUCGUCUGGUACGAACUUGGCCCAGUUCUGCUGUGACACACAGGUGUGAGUUCUAUAUAACCUGGCGAGCUAUCAGCCACGGCACCAUUUGAAGCAACAUCUCACACCGUGAAGGUUUCGAUCUCAACUACAAGAACUUUGACAACCUUACGUCUUCCAGUUUUCUAGACCAAGAAACUACUCGGAAGACACCAAAGAACUCAUCAAGUAACAAGUUUCGCUAGACAAACCAAGCAAGAACUUUGAUCGUCUGCUCCAACAGUACAAGACAAUGGAACAUCUAGUGCCCCUCAGACGUGAGAACUGGAGCUUCUUCGAGAGACAGAGACAGGUCUUCAGCGACAUCUUCAAGGGCAUGGACAAGGACAUGGACUCGGAGUGGAAGGAGUUUGACCGCGAGUUGGAGAGGAUGCGCAGCGAGAUGUUCACCCUCAAGGCCCUCGACUUCAACGACUUCGGCUCGUCCAUGAUCAAACCCGAGCGGCCCAUCGUGUCUGAUGAGCAGGGGAACAAACGGCUGUCUCUCAGGUUUGAUUGUAAAGACUUUAAACCUGAAGAGAUCACAGUGAAAACUAUCGACAACAAACUGAUGGUACAGGCCAAACAUACAGAGGAGUCACCCGGCAGAAAGGUGUACCGUGAAUUCAGUCGCCAGUACGUGCUGCCCCAAAAGAUUGACCCGCUCAGCUUGAACUCAACGUUAGCAGCAGACGGCGUUCUCAGCAUUGAAGCACCUGCACCAGCCGCCAUCGAGGCUCCAAGGGAGAGAAUUCUUCCAAUUAUGCGUCUCUAAAAAUUUUAUUUAUUACCUUUCUUUUAUUGAAAUUUGAUUUCAAGGUUGAAAAAAAAAACAUUUAUAAAAAAAAAAAAAUAAUAACAAAAAAAAAAGCCAGAAAUAAUUGAUGUAUUAAUGUUAAGAAUACAUGAAUCGAUUUUUUCCACAGCAAAUUAUAUAUUUUUAUUUGAAUACAACAAUAUUCAACAAAAUUGUAUGACUGUUUUAAGAACAAAUGAAGUUUUGUGCUGCAAACAUUUUAUUGUGAGUGAACUUAAGUGUUGCUUGGGCGCUGUUGUGGUUAAUUAAUUACACGUCCACUUGAAAUAAAAGGUUUUUAACA